UAAAUUGUCGGAGUGGCCGACUAUUCCGAGCAGCCAAUCAGAGCGCUGAGCGCGGUCACAUGACUCGGGCAGAGCGCUUCCUGCGGCGGUGCUAAACAGACUGGGGCCAUUUCAGCAUCGGACACUUACACUUCUCAGUAGUGGUGGAAGCAGCAGUCCCAGCAAUGGCCUCGGCUCCAGCUCCUAUACCGGGUUACAUCUCCAGUUCUCUGCAGAACAGCUCCAGCCAAAACGCAUCCAGGGAAAGUCUGAAAAUGGAGCUACUAGCAGAUGUUACCUUACUGCCAGGAGAAGAGCGAGUGAUAGACAAAGACCUCAUCUACAUGUGCCCGUUUAAUGGCGCGCUCAAAGGGAAAGUGUUCAUCACCAAUUACAGACUGUACUUCAAGAGCACUGACACGGAGGUCACGGUCACGCUGGAUGUGCCCCUUGGUGUCAUCAGCAGGGUAGAAAAGAUGGGCGGAGCCUCCAGCCGAGGGGAGAAUUCUUAUGGGCUGGACAUCACCUGCAAGGACAUGAGGAACUUGAGGUUUGCUCUGAAACAGGAGGGUCACAGUCGUAGAGACAUUUUUGGGGAGCUUUUUAAAUAUGCAUUCCCUCUCUCUCAUGGACUGCCCCUCUUUUCCUAUUUGAGUCAGGAGAAGUUCCAUGAAAACGGCUGGGAAGUUUACAAACCCAUGGAGGAAUACAGACGUCAGGGUUUGCCUAAUGAGAGAUGGAGGAUUUCUUUCAUGAACUCAAACUAUGAGCUGUGUGACACUUAUCCCACCAUCCUGGUCGUCCCAUUCGAAACUUCGGAUGAGGAUUUGCGGCGAGUGGCCACAUUCCGUUCCCGCUGUCGUAUACCGGUGCUGUCAUGGAUCCACAGGGAGAAGCAGGCGGUGAUUAUGCGCUGUAGUCAGCCCCUGGUAGGAAUGAGCGGCAAGCGCAAUAAAGACGACGAGCGCUACCUCGACAUCAUCCGGGAGGCCAACAACACGCCCAAACUCACCAUCUAUGACGCCAGGCCUAACGUUAAUGCUGUGGCCAACAAGGCCACAGGAGGCGGUUAUGAGGGUGACGACGCCUAUCAGAAUGCAGAACUGGUCUUCCUCGACAUCCACAACAUCCAUGUGAUGAGAGAGUCGUUAAAGAAGCUGAAGGAUAUUGUUUACCCCAAUGUGGAGGAGUCUCACUGGCUGUCCAGCCUGGAGUCCACUCACUGGCUGGAGCAUAUAAAGCUGGUGCUGUCAGGAGCAAUUCAGGUAGCAGAUAAAGUGUGUUCGGGCAGCUCGGUGGUGGUGCACUGCAGUGACGGCUGGGACCGCACGGCUCAGCUCACCUCUCUGGCCAUGCUGAUGCUGGACUCACACUACCGCACACUCGGGGGCUUCCAGGUGCUCAUCGAGAAGGAGUGGAUCAGCUUCGGACACAAGUUCGCCUCGAGAAUCGGCCACGGAGACAAAAACCACGCAGAUCAGGACCGGUCGCCUAUAUUCUUACAGUUCAUAGACUGUGUGUGGCAGAUGACCAAACAGUUCCCGACAGCCUUCGAGUUCAACGAGAAUCUUCUCAUAACGAUCCUGGAUCACUUGUACAGCUGUCGCUUUGGCACGUUCCUCUACAACUGCGAGAACGUCCGUGAAAACCUUAAGGUCCGGUCUAAGACUGUGUCUCUUUGGUCUAUGAUAAACAGCGAGGUGUCGUCCUACGUGAACCCGUUUUUCACGCACGAGUCCAGCCGCGUGCUUUACCCCGUGGCCAGCAUGCGCCACCUAGAGCUCUGGGUGAAUUACUAUAUCCGCUGGAACCCUCGCAUACGGCACCAGCAAAGCCCGGUUGAGCAGCGCUACAAGGAGCUCUUGGCACUCCGUGAUCAGUACCUGAAGAAACUGGAGGAACUGCAUCUCUCUGACUCAUCCCCUUCCUCAACCCACCUGACUAACAGCUCCACCCCGAAUGCUGCCUCUCCCAAUCAGCACCUCACUCACCUGCAGACUCCUUUCUGAUGUUUCAGACACGCCCACUCAACACGCAGGACGUUUUUUUUGUACAUAGCAAUAGUAAUAAUUAUAACGCUGUUAGUAGUGAUGUCAGCGAUAACCAGUAACGGAAAAAAAUAUGCGAUUAUGCAAUAAUGUCACAGCACGGCCUUCAUAGCGCUAAAGUCAGUCAGGGGGGAACUAGAAGCCUUAAAGACGCAGCGGUAUGGUGGGGUUUUUUUUUUGUGAGUGAGUGAGGGAGUGUGUGUUGCUGGCAAUAGCUCUUUCCUGAACUGUGCAUACAGUGAAGAAAAUUCUUGAAGGAUCAUAAAUGUGAUGUUUGUCUAUAAUGGUUAAGGCCGUAAGUGUGUGAAAUGGAUUUUGGAAAAGAGAAAAAAGUCUAGUGAUAACAACAGGGUAUUAGUACAAGUCAUUUUCAUGUAAGAGAGGUUGUAUGUUUUGUACGGUUAAUUUCUCACUGGCGUAACUGCCUGUUCAGGAAGAGCUAUUCAAUUCAGUCAUAUAUCAUCCAGAAGUCGUGAAUCGUCUGCGUCGUAGACCCGGUCGAAUUUGUGACAAGAUCUCAAAAGUGUUUGACCACAUAGCGUUUGUCUUGAUUUAAGCGGACAUUAGGUGAGUGUUGUUUUACAUUUCAAGCAUUCAGGGUAUUGUUUGCUCAGAAUUGACACGUGCGGGCUGCGAGGGAAAAUGUCCUAAAAUACUUUGGAUGCGCUUCGAAUGCAGAACCAGGGUUUUGGGGCUACAAAAGACCAGUUCUGUGCCUUUUUCUAUCUGAGGUGUUCUGCAACCUCGAGUAGACAUUUUAUAAGCAAAACGAUUGUUUUUCUGCAGGCGGCAUCGUUGGCAAUGAAGGAGAAAUUUCUUCCGGCUUCCAUUUCUGAUCUACAGGGUCACACUCUAGUCACCGUGCACUAGUGACGUUGGGCUACCUUUUGAAUAUACAUAAAGUACAAUCGCCACGGAGUCUUCAGCUCACGUUUAGGUUACUUCUCGUGGACAGAUGCUGCAUAGUCCAUUAGAGCUGAAUUGAAAGCAAGGGAUUUGGGAGAAGCUGCCCUUUUGAGCUACUCCAGAGUCAGUACUAUUCCUGACAUGAAAACUGAACGAAUGUAGGAGCAGCUCAUCAGGGCACCUGGGUGCCAUAACUAAUGCUGCCUCAGAAGAGCUGACCUUCUGAAGUCUUUGGCCUCAAUGAGGAGAUGAAGUUUAAACCAUAUUGUGAAAAGAAGAAAAGAAAAAUAAGCAAACGGAGGGGAAGAAUCUAUUUUUUACUUUGUACAAGCACCAUAAUGAUGUAAUUACCUCAACAAAAGCCUAUUUUACUGUUGAAACUUCUAUUGUAAAAUAUAAUUAUUUUAUUCAGUGUAAAAUUUGACAGUUUUAUAUAAAAAAAAAGGAGAGUAUUAAGGAUCUGUUUUGAUUGGUUGAGCUGUUGGUAAUCAGUUAAUGUCAUAUUUCUUUCCUGGGCAUUUAGAUUUGCUUUGUACCAUUUAUAGAGAUGUGAGAACAAUGUCAGACUUUUGUUUAACUCAUUCUCAAUCUAUUUGCUGUGAGUGUAAAACUGAGUGAAGGAGUGUAUGUUUUUUUUUUUUGGAAUGGGAGUAUUAUCUGACAUCUUUGGCCUUUAGGGAUUAAUUUUCUUUUUCUGGUUUGUUCUCCCUCAUGUAUACUCCACUGUUUGAUGACCGCCUCUUGUUCUGUAAAUAAUGCUGAUUAAAUUAAUUUAAAGAUUUUUACACGCCUAAA